GCAGGGCCAACCGGGAGACCCAGACGCAGGCAGCGACCCAGCCGCCGCCGCUCCGCGCCCGGCCGCCCGCCCGCAGCAUCCCCCGAUGGCCGCCCGCCUGACCUGCUGCCUCCUGCUGUGGGCCCUGGGCCACGGGGGCUGCCGCUCGCCUGCGGGGGAGGGCGCCGGCAGCCCGCCCGCCUGCCCCGUCCGGCCGCCGGCCGACCCCGACUCGUCCGCCCCGGGCCGCGACCCCCGCGGCGGCUCUUCGCCGCCCCCUGGGCUGGGCAGCGUCGCUCAGGACAUGGUAGCUGUCCACAUGCUUAAGCUCUACGAGAAGUACAACCGGGAAGGGAGCCGGCCCGGCGACGGCAACACGGUCCGCAGCUUCAAAGCCAGGCCGGAAUUCUUGGCCCAGAAGCCCUUGUACUGCUUCAAUCUGACAUCCAUGCAGGAUUCAGAAAUGAUCCUUGCUGCCACUUUUCACUUCUACGCUGACAAACGCCCUCGGCACCGGGAAGUGUUUUGUAAACGGUCCAAGAACUCAUCCUGCCGCCUCCUUCACCUGCCUCCAGUCCUACGGCUCAACCUAGUUUUCCAAAGCAUUCACCAGAAUUCUGCCUAUGGACUAGUGAAAGGGAACAUCACUGUGCUUCUUCAAAGGCGAGGGGCUUGGCAUGCAAAGGACAUUUCACACAUCGUAAAAGAAUCAAAACGAGCUGGAGAGCUCAUUCUCUGUGCCGAGCUUGAUUCUGGGGAGAAACACCAGGGCUUCCCUGAACAGGUUGCGAGCCAUUUACCUUAUAUACUAGUUUAUGCCAAUGAUCUUGCAAUCUCUGAACCUAACAGUGUGGCAGGCACCCUACAGCGUUAUGAUCCAUUCCCUCCCAAUGACGGGGACCCAAAUCUAUCCCCUAAUGCUUCUACUGAUACUCGAGUUAGGAGGGAUACGUACCUUGCUAGCUCUAUUCAGAACAACGAGUUGCCAGAAGUAGAUUACAACAAUAAUAAAUACAACAAACAUGACAUAUGGGAGAAUGCCUACAGAUCCUUGAAACCAAAAGCCUCACGCAAAGAUCGAAGGAGAAAAGGACAAGAAAAUACAGAAACACUUAAAAAGUCUCAAGUCCUGAAUUUUGAUGAGAAAACAAUGAAGAAAGCAAGGCGAAAACAAUGGAAUGAGCCAAGGAUUUGUUCAAGAAGAUACAUGAAAGUUGACUUUGCUGAUAUUGGCUGGAAUGAAUGGAUCAUAUCUCCCAAAUCAUUUGAUGCCUACUACUGUGCAGGUGCAUGUGAAUUUCCAAUGCCCAAGAUUGUCCGGCCAUCAAACCAUGCUACAAUUCAGAGCAUCGUAAAAGCAGUAGGAAUCAUUCCUGGCAUCCCAGAACCUUGCUGUGUUCCUGACAAAAUGAGCUCACUCAGUGUCCUGUUCUUAGAUGAGAACAAAAAUGUUGUUUUGAAGGUAUAUCCCAACAUGUCAGUUGAAACUUGUGCCUGCCGAUAAGUUCAUACAAACACACCUUUAACAAGGCCCAUAAAUCCUGCCUGACUGCUCUGGGAAGUUAUAAAGGAGAAAUGAUUCCACUUGUGUUGAUGAACCAAUGCAAGUCUCCAAUUCCUCUACAGAAAGCACACCGAGAAAAUAAAAGAAUGCACGUCCUCGCCUCGAAGGAUAGGACAUAAUUUGUCUUUCAUAUUCGUCUUCCAGGAAUUCAGUACUUCUACAGAUACCUUCCUAACCCUCCUAGCCAAGAUACCUGGUGUUUAGAGAGAAAUUUAAGUGUAAAAUUUUCCAUAAUCAAAGGACUAGAAUAUGUUUUUAUAUGUUAUUUUCUGACUAUUUUAUCUCUUCAGUUAACCAAGAAGAUGAGAAGUGAACUUGCAAAGGCAGGCUUAUUUUAGAAUAUCACUUUUGUACACAAAUCAAAAAUUUUUGUCUAAAACACUCAUACUCUUAAUAUGCAUAUUUAUGCUGAAAAAUGCUGUAAUAAAGGGCUUAAAAUGUAUAUUUUCUUCAGGAUGGAAGUAUAGUUCACUGCAUAAGUUCUCAUAUAAACAAUAUGUUAAUAUAGUAAUUUUUGGUUACCCUUCCUUAAUAUAUUUGUUCU